AGCUUAGUUCUCUCACUCUUGAAGCGCGCGUGUUUAUAUUGCUGUUUUUCUAUCAUUUACGAUACUGGUGGGUGGAUAUCCGUCCGAUUUAGUAUCGAAUCUCUGCUCUUUGUGGUGUGUGAAUGUUACUCUUAACGCUUCAAGUGAUAUGAAGAACAGGAGCAACUGACAACAGAUUCUGAAUCCAAAAUGAUGUUCAUCAGGGAGGACUCAAAGUUUGAGACCGGGCGAAUUAAAGCACUUCAAGAAGAACGACUUUAUAUACAAAAAAAGACUUUUACGAAAUGGGUCAACUCAUUUUUGCUGCCCAAGGCCCGUGUAGAAGUAAAAGAUCUGUUCACAGACUUGGGAGACGGAAGAAAGUUGCUGAAGCUCCUGGAGAUAAUCUCCGGGGAGAAGCUGGCUAAACCUAACAGUGGGAAGAUGAGGGUACACAAGAUCGAGAACGUUAAUAAAGCCUUAGCUUUUCUACAUACCAAGGUACGACUAGAAAGUAUAGGAGCGGAGGAUAUCGUAGAUGGUAAUCCACGAUUAAUUCUUGGUCUAAUAUGGACGAUAAUUCUUCGUUUUCAAAUUCAAGAAAUUCAAAUUGAUGUCGAUGAAACUGACGAAAGUAGUGAGAAGAAAUCUGCAAAAGACGCUUUACUUUUGUGGUGUCAGAGAAAAACAAGGGGUUAUCCACAUGUCAACAUUCAAGAUUUCACUCGGAGCUGGAGAAAUGGCCUCGGAUUCAAUGCGUUGAUACAUGCUCAUCGUCCAGACCUGAUAAAUUACGAUGGCUUAAAUCCAAAUAACCACAUCGAUAGUCUCAACAAUGCUUUUGAUGUUGCGGAGAAGGAACUUGGUAUACCUCGCCUUCUUGAUGCUGAAGACGUGGAUAUUACAAGACCAGAUGAGAAGUCGAUUAUAACAUAUGUGGCUUCUUAUUAUCACACGUUUGCAAAGAUGAAAAGCGAACUGAAGGGAGGUAGAAGAAUAGCAAAUAUUGUAGGACAAAUGAUGGAUGCUGAUAAGCUUAAAAAAGACUAUGAACAAUUCACAACAACUUUACUUGACUGGAUCAGAAAUAAGAUUCGUGAACUGGAUGAUAGAAAGUUUCCUAAUUCUAUGGAAGGAAUCCAGAGGGAACUUCUAAAGUUCAAGGAAUACAGAACAGUUGAGAAACCACCAAAGUACCGAGAAAGAAGUGAAAUUGAAGCCCUGUUGUUUGCAGUACAGACUAAAAUGAAGGCACUUGGUCAGCCAUUAUAUGUGCCACCAGAGGGUAAACUUGUUCAUGAUUUAGAGCGAGCAUGGAAUGAACUGGAGAAAGCAGAACACAGGCGAGAGGUGGCACUUCGAGAAGAACUCCUUCGCCAGAAAAGGCUGGAAAACUUGGCUUUUCGUUUUGAUAGAAAGAGCAUUUUGCGUGACAACUAUGUCAAGGAAAUGACCCAAGUUCUCUCAGAUCCCCAAUUAUCGAGCAGUCUUUCACAAACAGAUGCUUCUUUGAAGAAACUAACGGCAAUUAGUGCAGAUGUAUUGGCUAGGGAGGAAAGGUUUGAGAACCUGACUGUUAUGGCAGAUGAACUUGUGAGGGAGAAUUAUCAUUCAAAAGAUAGGAUCAAGAAAAGGGAACAAGAAAUUUUGGAAAAAUGGCAGAACUUGUUGAGUCUUUUAAAGAAGCACAAACUUGCAUUGACAGAGUCCAACAACUUAAUGAACAUGCUUCGUGAGAUUGAUGCAGUCAGUGCUGAGAUAAAUAACUUGGAGGCUAAUCUCUACUCUGAAGACUGUGGCAGCCAUCUUUUAUCGGUUGAAGACUUUUUGCAGAAACACAGCUUGUUGGAGUCACAGAUUGCUUCGCAGGGAGAAACAAUAAAAAAAUUUAGUCAACAAGCACAAACAUUCAUUGGUAAAAACCACAAAGAAGCUCCACUUCUGAAGAAAGGGAUUGAUAAGCUGAAUAAUGAAUAUCUUAAGAACAAAAACCAAACAAAUGGAAUGGAAGCAGAAAUUAAGGCUCGUUGGCAGAGAUCUCAGCGAGUAAUAAAAUCUGGUGAGAAGCUCAUUCAUGAUGGCCACCCAGAGAAACAAGAUGUAAGACAAAGAGUUGAAUCCUUGAAGGAUAGGUGGCAGCACCUGCAUGAACUAGUUGCUCAGAAGAGAAAGCAAUUAGAAGAUGCUAUUCUUGCUUAUCAGUAUCAUGCUGAUGCUAACGAAGUAGAGUCCUGGAUGAGAGAAAAACUUCCCUUAGUAUCCAGCAAAGAUUAUGGAAAAGAUGAGCCAAGUGCUCAGGCUUUAUUGCAAAGACAUACCCGUCUAGAAAGUGAAAUCAAAGCUUAUGAAUCAGAUAUCAAGAGACUUGAUAGCCAAGCAGAAAAGAUGACUAAAUCAGGAAUUGCACAUCUUGAGAUGUUACAAACAAGCAUGGAAGAACCAGAAAUAGAAGAUUGGACUGAGGAAUUUGUUCUGGUUCCAACAGAAGAGUGGGUUGAUGAAAUUGUAGAACAGGAAGUGUUUAAAGACGUUACUGAAGAACGGAAAGUUUUUCAAGUAAAAGCUUUGUACCCUUUUAGUGGAAAGGGCAUAGAAAUGCAGAAAGGAGAGGUGCUGCUAUUGCUACAGAAAGCAAAUGCUGACUGGUGGAGUGUUCGGAAACUAGAUGGACGAAAUGGAUUUGUUCCAGCAACUUAUGUUAAAGAAAUUGAACCUAAAAUUAUUCAGAAAUCUGUCAAAAAAAAGUUAAAGCCAGAAAAAAUAAAAGUUAAAAAAACAGUGAUGAAAAAGCAAGUUGUGAAAAAACCUAUAGAGAAAAAGAGUAAAACCACCCCAGCGAAGUCUCAGAGUAAGAAGGAAGGACAGAGAGUUGAAGAACGACAGAACUCGAUCAAUACUAAAUUUGAAGAACUUAUGGAACUGGCAGAGGCCAGACACCACUUCUUGGAAGAUGCUAUUCAGCUUUUCAGAUUUUAUCGGGAAUGUGAUGACUUUGAGAAUUGGAUGAAAGAUAAGGAACGACUGCUCACAACGAGUAAUCCAAAAGAUACUGUUGAAGUGCAGAAGAAGAUGUUUGAGAACUUUUUAACAGACUUGUCGGCCAGCAGUCGUCGUGUCGAAGAAAUUGACUCCAUGGUGGAGGAAUUUAUCCGAGAUAAACAUAGCCAAUUAACCGAUAUAAGAACCAGACAGAAACAAAUACAUGAUAGGUGGAAUAGAUUGAAUAGGCUAAAAACAGAAAAAGAACGAAGCUUGGAAGGUGCUACGAGCGUAGAACUGUUUAAUCGAACUUGUGAUGAGGCGCGUGAUUGGAUGGCAGAGAAAUUAGAAAAGAUGGAUUCAGAUGAAAUUGGUAUGGAUAUGAAAACAAUCCAGUCACUUCAACGAAAACAUCAGAAUCUAGAAAGGGAACUUGCACCCGUGGAAGAAAAGUACAAUCGUGUUAACCGUCUAGCAGAAUCAGUGAAAACUUCAUACCCUGCUGAGAGAGCUAAUGUUUCCUUGAGACAGGCAGAACUAAAAGACAUGUGGGAUCGAGUUAAGGCUAAAGCAGCAGAACGUAAAGCAAGACUACAUGAUUCAAUGGGUCGGCAAGUUUUUAACAAUAGUGCCAAAAAUUUGUUAGUCUGGGUUGGGGAGGUCAAACAGGCCCUUAACAGUGGUGAAGCAGCACGAGAUGUAGAAACGGCUGAAAACUUGAUUAAAAACCAUGAAGAUCUAUAUACUGAGAUUAUGGCCCAUGAAGAUGAGUUUCAGGAUGUACAGGAUUUGGGUAAGAAUAUAUUAAGAAAGAGCCCUGAUUCACCUGACAUUCAACAAACCAUAUCACAACUACAAGAAGAGCGAGAAGCAAUUCAUCGAGGCUGGGAAGAAAAAAAGGAUUGGUUGGAGCAGUGUUUAGACUUGCAGAUGUUCAACAGGGAAGCUGACCAAAUUGACAGCAUCACAAACAGUCACAAUAAUUUCCUGGCCUAUGAAAACCUAGGAACAACACUAGAUGACGUGGAAUCCCUUGUGAAGAGGCACGAAAACUUUCUUGCUAAAUUACAAGCUCAGGAAGAUCGAUUAGACAAAUUUAGUAUAAUGGCUGACAAGUUAAUUGAAGCUAGACAUCAAGAAAGCAAAUAUAUUGACCAACGAAGACACCAGGUUUUUGCAAGACGUGAAGCAGUGAAGGAAAGGGCUGAGAAAAGAAGGGAAAUGCUGGAAGAGUCAAGAACAUUCCAACAGUUUAAAGCAGAGGCAGAAGAGCUUUCAGAAUGGAUUCAGGACAAGAUGAAAAUUGCGACGGAUGAGUCGUACCGUGACCUGAGCAAUUUGGAGAGAAAGCUCAAGAAGCAUGAAGCUUUUGAAGCUGAGAUCAGUGCUAAUGAACCUUGGCUGGAGAUUGUCCAUAAGAGUGGAAGAGACCUCAUUAGUGAUGGAAACUUUGCUGCUAAUGAAGUUAAAGAGAUUCUUCAGAGGCUGAAACAUGAGUGGGAAGAACUAUGUGUUCACGCAAAAGACAAAGGUCAGAAGCUACAACAGGCUGUUGGUCAGCAUACUUACAAUCGCACACUAGAAGGAGCACGUUCUAAACUGGAUGAACUAGAGAAUGCUUUGGCAUCCACUGACUAUGGAAGUGAUUUGCGAAGUGUAAAGGAGCUUCAGAAGAAACACUUACUCAUAGAAAGUGAAAUGGAUAUAUGGGAAGAAAGACUAGAGCAUGUAGUCUCCAUUGGACAAGAUAUGGUAAAGGAAGGCCAUUUUGAUGGACCGAACAUUCAAAGAGCUGCAAAGGGUAUUGGUGAAAGAUUCAGAAAAUUAAAAAUUCCUGCGAAUAGAAGACGUCGACAGCUUGAAGAAUCAUUGAAGUUACACCAGUUUAAUUUUGAUGUUGAUAGUGAGUUACAGUGGAUCAAAGAACACAUGCCUGCAGCGUCAUCACAAGAUAUUGGUCAAAACUUAAUAAAUGCUCAGAAUUUAUAUAAAAAACAUGAGAAACUGGAGCAAGAAAUUGAGGGACAUCAGCCUGUGAUAGAAAAGACACUGGAUAUUGGCAAAGCUCUGAUUGAUCAGAAACAUUUUGCAUCACCAUCAAUUAAGUCUAAAUCAAAGGAGUUGCAAGACAGUUGGCAAGAGUUGCUCUCACUUGCUGCAAAAAGAAGGGAGAUGUUGGAGAUGUCACUAAAAGCUCAGCAGUUUUACUCUGAUGCUAAUGAGGUGGAAACUUGGAUGUCUGAAAAGAAUGAUUUCCUUACCAGCACAGACUAUGGAAAAGAUGAAGAUGCAGCAAUCAAACUGUUAACUAAACACAAGGCCUUGGAACUUGAACUAGACACAUACAGUGGAUUAUUGAAAGAGAUGGUCUGCCAAGCCCAGAGGAUGAUUGAUGAUGAACAUCCAGAUCACAAGAUUAUCAGCAAAAGAAUACAACUGAUCACACAACAAAUGAAGGACUUGCAGAAGAGUGGAAAUGUUAGGAGACAAAAGUUAAUUGAGUCAAAGAACCGCCACGAGUAUUUCAGGGAGAGCGAGGACUUAGAAAAGUGGAUUGACAAGCAAAUGCAAUCAGCAUUGUCUGAAGAAUAUGGGCAGGACUAUGAGCACAUUUUGGUUCUGCUUAGCAAGUUCAAUGAUUACAAGCACAGAGUGGAAGCUGGCUCAGAGAGAUUCAAUCAGUGUGAAGUACUGGCUAAGAAACUAAUUGCUGUGGAGAGUCCUUAUUCAGAAGAAGUUCAGAGUAGACAAGAACAGCUUAGAAAUGCUUGGGAAGUCCUCUGGAAUACUAUAGAUGCCAGAGAGCAGAAACUGAAAGCAGCAAGUGAACUGCAUCGCUUUAAUCAUGAUGUCGCUGAUGCCUUGUCUCGUAUUCAAGAAAAAUAUGAGAGUAUUCCAAAGGAUGUUGGUCGGGAUCUGAAAGCUGUGCAGAAUUCAAAGAAGAAACAUGAGGGAUUUGAAAAUGAUGUUGCCGCUCUUGAAGGACAAAUUCAAGUUCUUCUGAAUGACAGUGCUCACUUGCAAGCCAAGUACCCUGGUGGUAAUGCUGAACACAUUAUUCAACAGCAAGAUGUUUUAUUGGAUAACUGGGAUGCUCUUAAAGAAAGGAUGAUGGACCACUCUCACUUCAUAGAAAAUGCAUUUCUCCUUCAAAAAUUUUUAGCAACAGCAAGAGACCUAGAGACUUGGGCACAGGGACUUUGUGCAGCUUUUCAGGCUGAGGUAAAAGUUAGUAAUGCAGCAGGAGCUCAGCUUCUUACCUCAGAACACGAGCAGCUGUGUGCUGAGAUUGAAGCUCGUGAUCAAACUUUCUGUAACGUCAUAGAAGAUGGACAUCAGUUGAUAAAACAGAAACACUAUGCUAGUGAUGAGAUUCAAGAAAAGUUGCACCAGUUAAAAGAAAUAAGAGAACAACUUAUCACUGCUUAUGAGAAGAAAAAAAUCUAUUUAUAUCAACUUCUUGACCUAUAUAUUCUACUCAGAGAUGCAGAACAACUAGACACCCUUAGUGGACAGCAAGAGGCUUAUUUGGCAGGAACUGAUUUUGGAACAACUGUAGAAGAAGUGAAUUGUCAAGUGAAGAAACAUGAUGCCUUUGAGAAGGUUUUAAUAGCCCAGGAUGAAAAAGUGACAGCACUUCAGAUGGCAGGAGAAAAACUCCUUCAACAGAAUCACUUUGAGAGUAGAACAAUACGAAAUAGGCUUAAUGAAGUAAUGAAGAGGAGAGCAAAAGUAAAAGAAAUUGGCCAAGUAAGAAAACAGAAGUUAGGAGAUGCUCUGUUACUUGCUACCUUUAGACGAGAUGCUGCAGAGGCUGAAGCAUGGAUUGAAGAAAAGAAUAAAAGCCUUGAGGUAGAAGUAGCAAGGGGAGAAGUAAAUAGCAUAGAUGACAAAGUGAAAAACCUAAAGAAACAUCAAGCUUUUGAAGCUGAACUGACUGCUCAUGACCAAAGCAUUGCAGAAAUUAAACAGAAAGGUGAAUCACUGCUAUCCAAAAGGCAUGAAUCCUCGAUUGAGGUUAGGAGGCAACUGGAAACAUUACUAAAGAAGUGGGCAGAGCUACGUAAAGCUUCGUCUGAUCGAGGUCGAGGUUUAAUGGAGGCACAGGACAUCUUAGAGUUGAAUACUCAAGUAGAUAAAGUAGAGGCAUGGAUGAGAGACAAGGAAAUGAUGGUUCAGGCAGGUGACACUGGAAAUGAUUAUGAGCAUUGCCUUUCACUACAAAAGAAGUUAAAUGAUGUGGAUUCAGACAUGAAAGUGGAUGACUCAAGAAUCAAGAACAUCAAUAACCUUGCUGACAAACUGGUUCGUCAAGGUUUAUCAGACACUCGAGCAAUACAGCAGCGAUGUGACAAUUUGAAUAAGAAGUGGAGAGCACUGCAAGGGGCUAUUGCAGCAUAUCGAGGAAAACUGACAGGUGCUUUGGAAAUUCAUGCCUUUAACAGAGAUGUUGAUGACACUAAUGAUCGCAUCAAUGAGAAGGUUGGAUUUCUUUCUGUCGAAGAUGAAGGAAAAGAUCUUCAAUGUGUGGAAGCUUUGCAGCGUAAGCAAGAAGCUGUUGAAAUGGAAAUCCAGGCCAUUGACUCUAAACUAAGACAACACGAUGCCGAUGCUCGUCGGUUAAUCCAAAAGUAUCCAGAUAUGGCAAAAUUUACUCGAGCAAAAAUUUAUGAAGUUCAAGAGAAUCGACGAAGAUUGACAGACAUUUGCAAACAAAGAAAGCAGCGUUUAAAGAAUGCACAUAGUCUCCAAGCUUUCUUGACUGAAGUUGCCAAGCUGGAGUCCUGGUCAGAUGAUAUGAUAAAGCAGAUGAAAUCUGGUGAAUUGGCUAACUCAAUCUCAGAAGCUCAAAGUAAACUACAGCUGCACCAGGAAAGAAAGGCAGCGAUAAACUAUCGGAAAGAAGUUUUCAGGGCAGUGAAAGACUCUGGUCAAAAAUUGCUCCAACAGAACCAUCCUGCAAAAGAGAAGAUCCAAGAAGGUCUACAGGACUUGGAAGAAGUACAAAAAAAACUUACUCAGGUUUGGGAUGAAUGUCAGACGGCUAUGGAACAGUGUUGUAAACUCCAGAUGUUCAUAGAACAAGCAAAACAAGUGGAAAUAUGGUUAGCAUCGCAAGAGGCUUUCUUAAAUAAUGACGAUCUUGGAGAUUCUAUGGCUGGAGUAGAGUCUUUGAUAAGAAAACAUGAUAACUUUGAGAAAAAAAUGUUUGCCCAGAGUGAAAAGGUUGACCAGUUUGAAAAAUCAACAAAAAAACUCUUAGAUAAUGGUCAUUAUGAUGCUGAUGCAAUUCGUAGUAGGUGUCGGAGUAUUUGUCAGCGUCGAGAUAAGCUUAAAGAAAAUUCUUCUACAAGAAAGAAGCUGUUGCAAGAGUCAAAGCAGUUUCAGCAGUUUUUAAGAAAUGUAUACGAAGUAGAUAACUGGAUAAAUGAGAAACUUCAAAUAGCUACGGAUGAAUCGUACUUGGACUUGACAAACUUGAUAAGCAAAAUCCGAAAACAUAGUGCAUUUGAGGCUGAAGUAACAGCCAAUAAAGAUCGUAUUGAAGGAAUCAAACAGGAGGGUGAGAACAUGCGAAAUGUAAAACAUUUUGCUUCAGAUGAAAUUGGAACUCAGCUGGCAGAUUUAGAAAACUUCUGGAAAGAACUUUUAAAUCAGACAGCACUGAAAAAAGAAAGGCUUCAGGAUGCUUAUCAGGCCUUACAGUUCUAUCAAAUAUUGGAUGACUUAGAAAAGUGGAUGGAUGAAGUGGAAACUCAACUACAAUCAGAGGAUCAUGGCAGGGAUCUAACAACUGUUCAGAAUCUUUUGAAAAAACACCAGACAUUAGAGGUGGACAUAAAUAAUCAUGCAGACAACAUUGAGCAAGUGAAAGAACAAGCUGAGAGUUUUGCAAGUAACAACCACUUCAUGAAGGAUGAAAUUAAUGAAAAGGCUCAAGCUGUUGUGAACAGGUACAAUGGACUUCACGAACCUGUCCAGAUUCGACGAGAAAACUUAGAAGAAUCUCUGUUACUUCAGCAGUUCCACAGAGAUGUGGAAGAGGAACUGAUGUGGAUUGGUGAAAAAGAAGCUUUAGCUUCAUCAACAGAUCUUGGAACAAGCUUGACAUCAGUUCAGAACUUACAGAAGAAACAUCAGGCCCUUGUUUCUGAAAUCUAUGCCCAUGAGUCCCUUAUUUUAGCAGCUGCCAAUAAAGGUCGACAGAUGAUUCGUAGUAAUCAUUUUGCAUCACGUGACAUUGAAACUCAGAUACAACAGUUACAUGCUAGCUUUGAACAUCUUCAAGACAUAGCUAGUGUUCGUACACUUCGACUGCAAGAUGCACUGGAAGCUCAAAUGUUUUACUCUGAGGUGACUGAAGUGGAAACUUGGUUGAAUGAUAAGAAGCCUUUGCUGACAAAUGCUGACGUUGGAAAGGAUGAAGACUCUGUGGAGAUAUUCAUGAAGAAACUGGAUGGGCUUCAGAGAGAUGUCAAAGCCUUCAAGGACAACAUAGGAAAAGUGGAAAUUAAUGGUCAUAAGCUGAUUGAAAGAGGUCAUUUUGACAGUCAAAACAUCCAAGAAAAAUUGGCAUCUAUUGAUACACAAUAUAAACAACUAAGAGAACUUUGUGAAGAGAGAGAACAGCGACUUCUGGAAAACAGGGAAUAUCUGGCAUUCCUGCGAGAGGCUGACAAGGUGGAACUUUGGAUUGAGAACCAAAUGGCAAUUACAAAUUCUGAUGAUCUUGGGAAAGAUCUUGAACAUGUAGAGGUUUUACUACAGAAGUUUGAAGGGUUCCUAAUAAUUUUGCAUUCAAGUGUGGAUCGAGUGACGAAAGUGAAGGAGAUGGAAGAAAAGCUGCUGAACAAGAGGUACACUCAGGAAGUUCGCAUCAAAAACCGUAGCAAUGAAAUUAGCCAGCUUUGGAACAACCUUGUUGAAUCUGCUAACGGAAGACAAGAGGCUCUCCAAGGAGCCAAAGAAGUUCAUGCUUUUGACCGAAGUGCAAGUGAAACUAUUGGCUGGAUUGAUGAAAAGGAUGCCAUGUUAUCCAGUGAAGAAUUUGGUCAUGAUCUUGAGAGUGUCCAAACUUUAGUCAGGAAACAUGAAAGAUUUGAAACUGACUUGGCAGCUGUUAAAGAGCAUGUCCAAGCUCUUGUGAGUGAAGCUCGCAGACUUUGCCACAAUUAUCCCAAUGCUGCAGAACACAUAACAGUGUAUAAAGAAAAUGUUCUUGAGGCUUGGCAACAGCUAAAGAAGAAUUCUGAGCAAAGGAAGGAACAUCUCCAACAGGCAGAGAAACUUCAAGCUUAUUAUGAUGAAUACAGAGUUUUAAUGUCUUGGAUUAAUGAGAUGAAAGCAUUGAUAACAUCUGAUGAGCUAGCAAAGGAUGUUGCUGGGGCUGAAGCUCUUUUAGCCCGUCACAAGGAGAACAAAACUGAGAUUGAUGCCAGGAUAGAGUCUUGUAAUCGUUUCCGAGAGAAAGGGAAUGCUAUUAUCAAAAGUGGACACUUCAUGGCUGAUGAUGUUCGGGAUCAUAUUCAGCACUUAAAUGAAUCUUUCAAGCAGUUGCUGGACACUUGGGAAAAACGGCAGGAUUUGUAUGAGCUGAACCUAGACACUCAGAUAUUUAAACAAGAUGCUGAACAAUUGGAAAACUGGCUUCAGAAUCGAGAACCCAUCUUGCUGGAUGAUCAGUUUGGAGACUCUAUAUCUGCUGUUGAUGAACUGAUACGUAAACAUGAAGACUUUGAAAAAACUAUUGAUGCUCAGGAAGAAAAACUGACUGCACUUAAAAGAAUUACAAAAUUGGAAGAUGCAUUCCAGAAACAAAAGGCCAGUGAAGAUGAAAAUCGAAAGGAGGAGGCAGUUCGAAGAGAACAGGACAGAAUCAAUGCUAUGAGACUUAAAGAACAAAACAGAAUCUUGGAGGAACGACGAAAGCAGGAUGGAUUGAGAACUCUAAAAGAUGAACCAGACAAGUCAUCUGAAGAGGAUGGUUCUUGUGCCCCCGUUAACAAGUUUUCUCCACUUCGCCGUUCUAGUGUGUAUCGGUCAGCCAGUCAGAAAUCUGUGGAAGGUUCUAAGAGAAAAAGUCCAAUAAAACGUGUGGAGAGUCUGAAACUAGAAGAUGCUUCAAAGGAUAGACACUCCCCUGUGACUCGAUCAGAAAGUGCCAGACUGGAUGAUCGAUUUAAGAGGUUAAAAAGGACACCCAGUUUUAACACCAGAAAGCGUGCUAGCUUUCGUGCUGCUCGUAAUACUGAGGAGUCUCAUAUUACUGAAUUGGAAGGAUACCUGGAAAGAAAGCAUGAGUUGCAGAGUGGAGGAAAAAGAGCAGCCAUCCGUUCAUGGAAAAAUUAUUACACUGUUCUCUGUGGACAGCUUUUGUGUUUCUUUAAAGAUAAAGAAGGUUUUGAAGAAAGCAAUGCAGCAGCAGGACCUGUUUCUAUAGCUCAGGCAAAUGUUAUUUCAGCAACAGACUAUACUAAAAAGAAGCAUGUCUUUAGACUUCAGUUAGCUGAUGGUUCUGAAUAUUUGUUUACAGCUCAUACUGCAAAAGAAAUGGAGGAGUGGAUAAACAAACUAGCUUUCCAUGCCAGUCUUCCACCUAGCCUUCAGCUAACAAGUUAUGAAACACAACCAGUGCAAGGAGAUACUGAUCCAGACCAAAAUUCAUUCACUGGUCCCGAGUCCUCUAGUCAAAAGUUAUCUUCUGAAGAAACCAAAGUUUCUGAAGAGCCAAGGCACAAACCUCAUCAUGUGAAUUCAUCAAGAGUGGCCACUGGACAACUUUUUUCUGAAACAGAUCCUUCAAGUAGCUUUGUUCAAAGUAAUCACAAGGAACAAAGUUAUGUUAAAGUUGGCACCAGUCCAUUGGCUAAGCACAACGGAGUAGAUCAACCUGAUUACAGUUUUGAUUCAUUACCACAGACAAACACAAACUUGCAGCUUCAUCAUUCCUCCAACACCCAGGAUUUGGAACAAGACAAGACAGAAUCAGAUGACGAUUAUCAACCCAAUGCAGAAAGUGAUUCAGACAGUCUUGAAAACCAAAGAAGCAGAGACUCUCCCUCAGAAUCGACCAAUUUACGCUAUCAGAAGUCUCUCCUGGAACCAGGGUCAGCAAAACUGGGCCGCCACAUGUCUUUACCUCCCAACACGGCCCAACCAGCUACUAAUCAACGACACAGCUACCAUGCUGCAACACUGGAAAGGCCAAAAAAUGUGUCCUCUGAUGAGGGCGAAUCUGGUCAUCAGGUCAAGUCUAAGGAUAAGAAGAGGAAAUUCCCUAGUUUCUUUAAGAAACACCAUCAGUAAACGAAUAAAAAAAUGCAAAGUGCCGUUUAUCAUCUUAAGAUUUUUGUUUAGAAAAUUUGAUAAAACAAAUAAAGGAUCCAUAUCAAUUAAAAUACCUGUACAGUAUAACACAAACUGCUCUUAAUAAUAAUGAAACACUGAUUUGUCAUACAGUUUAUUAUGACUUAGUUUUUAAUGUGCUUUAAUAUCAACUUUUGGGAGUGUCAAACAUAAUGAAACCAAAGUUUGGGUUUAUUGAUAAAGAGAAUGCACACGAAAAGGGAUAAUGUACACUUUUGCAUAUGAUUUAUAGAAAUAGAUUUUAUAUAUGAUGUACCUUUUAAUUUCAUUGUAUAAUUAAAGGUUGUGAAAGGAUAAAAUUAAGAUAUAAAUACUUUAAAGAACCUCUGCAAGUGUGAUGUCACCUUAUUUGACUAUUGUAAUGAAAGAGCAUUUUUUUAUAUUCCACAUCUUUUUCACAAUCUUAGACUCAACAAUAAUUGUUACCACAUUUCUCAGACAACCAUGAUAUAACCCAUUCCAUGCAGAAACAUUCUGAAAAAGGGACCUCUAUGUAUUGAUAACGUUUUUAUAAGCAACUUAUUUCCAUGGGAUUUUAUAAAGAGUAAAUCUAUUUUAUUUACAUGUAAUUAAAAAAAGCAUGAUUUGAUAAUGUUUUCUAUUUAGAAUUUCAUAAUGGAGUGUAUUAAAAAGAUGUACAAGUGAAUGAUGUGUGAAAAAUUAAAAAUGUUUACAGAAAGUUUA